UUUGCGAAGUUCGCACCAGCUCGCUCCCUGUUUCACCUCGCAUUCGAAUAGCCCCAAAUUUAUGUAGAUUAUCAAUCGAACAAAGCAGCCCGUUUGCAGAGCAGUUUAGCCUUGUGGCAACGAGAUCUCAGAACGCGAGAAGCUGCUGCGCUUGACGGUGGCAGCUUUUGCAAAGCUCGGUGACUAGCAACCUAACCCGAUCUAUUUCAUUCACUUGGCGUCCUCUCAACCACCAUCUUCAUGACCCUCUGCCGGCCGUGGAGCUUCCAAGUCAUCUGGAUUACGGACAAGUGAGCUCAAGAAAAUGGACCAGAGAGCGCCAUCGCCGCUCGUUCAUGUUCAGAAGGUGUCCCCCCUCGACACACUCGUUCGUCGUGCAUCUUCUCGCAGGACGAGGAGCACACAAGCUUCUACCAGGCAGGUCGCUCAGCUCAGCGUUCCGGAGACGCCGCCAAAGCAGGUUGCGGGGCAGCAAGAGUGGAUGUCGCCGCACUCCCCGUUGCUACACACCCAGUUCCGAAGCUCCGUCGCGUCGACCGCGCCUUCCGCGUACGAGCAGCACUCCUAUACGACGGACGGAGAUGGUUCACAAUUGUAUGAUGUGACGGUACACCGAGAUCGCUUGAGGGAUACAAGAGGAGUCUCGAUGGCUUCGCAGCACAGCUACAACGAGAUGGACAGACAUCCCCAAUUCUCGCAAGACAGCCGAGGCGUAUCCGUAGCCUCGCAAUACAGCUUUGACGAGAUCACUGCAAGCUAUGCUGACGAUAAACGAGGCUCCCACUCCGGCGAUCGUGUCCCGUCCGUGCUUAUCUCAACGCCCGAGCCACCUCCUUCGCGCCCCGGACGGAUGCCCUCCAAGCUACCCCCGGGGCACUCCAACUUCUCGCUCCCUGUGCCGCCACCUCGACCGUCCGAGCAGCAAAAGCGACAGGUAUUAAUGCGCAAUGCACACUCGCAUUCCUCGACAUCCCUGCACGAGCCGCCGCGGCCGCCGCCACAACAACCCCUGCCCCCUACACCAGCACAGCAUCUACCACUGCCGUCCGGUGCGCGUGCGCCCUCGCCACAAGGUAGCCUCUACUCGUCCUAUUCUUAUUAUCCGUACGAGGCACCUCUGCCAUCACCAGGAAGCCAGACACACCUUUCCCCCUUGCCGAGUCCAAAGAUCGCUGUGUAUUCGCCAAGCUCCUCGCGAAACCCUUCCCCUGCGCGUGACGCUGCGCUCCCAGAAGAUCCUCUGAAGAACCCGCAGACGGCACAAGACUACCUGCAGCUCGGGAUUCAGCAUCACCUCGCGAACAAGCUGGCAGAGUCUGCCGUGUGCUUCGAGAAGAGUGCGACUAUCGGGGGCGGAUGCGGGAUGGGCAUGCUCAUGUGGGGCCUGGCGCAACGGCACGGCUGGGGAUGUGCGCAGAGCGAAUCGAGGGGGUUUAAGUGGCUGCAGAAGGCGGCUGAGGUGGCGUUGAGCGAUCUGGAGGCGGAGAGAGCAGCGGGGAUUAAUAAGAAGGCAGUCAAGUCCGAGAUGGUGCUCGCUAUCUACGAAGUCGGCCAGAGUUUCUUCCGAGGCUGGGGCGUCAACAAGGACAAGAAAAUGGCUGUCAGCUACUUUCGCCUCGCAUCGGAACUCGGUGACCCGGAUGCUCAGCAAGAACUCGCAUUCUGCCUCGCUAACGGCAAAGGCUGCAAAAAAGAUCGGAAAGAGGCGGCAAAGUGGUACCGUGCUGCUGUCGCUCAAGGAGCAAGCGACAUAGGGCUUGCAUGGAUAUACAAGGAGAAGUUCAUGUAGCCGGCGGAGAAUUCUGACGUUUCACCUCUUCACUCUCGCUAGACACUCAACUCGCAUUCACUCGAUACCCAUCCAUCUUGUUGUAUCUUUAGUGGGGAAUUUACGCGCUGUCAUAUAUUACAUUCGCUGUACUGUAGCGGAGUGGACGGUACCAACCGAUCAGUGAGACGUGACAGGUAGACGUGCCCUUCGUAC